AAGCCACUGAACGGUGAUUGACAAGGUAAGCUCGACAGUCUGAGACGGGCCUGAGAUACCUUCAAAAAUACCUGCGACUUUCGCAAAUGUCCGACAUCAUUUCCAGGAAAGGCAUUGACCCUGAACGUGCGUCGCGUGUCCACCGCUUGCUUAUUUGCACUCUUAUCCAUCAAUAUCGACUGCUCUGCAUGGCUACCUGGACAAUAUUUUCGCCACAAACGCCAGCAACCAAUUCAUUUGGAAAGAAAGACCCUGAACAUCCAAUGCGCAUGAACAUAUACCGUGUCAUGAAAGCUGUCUACCAUAUGUUAGACCCAUCAAACGAACCGAGUUCCACAGUUGAUGAAGUAAAACAUAUCGCAACCCUUGAAUACACAGCCUUGCAAGAAAAACCAGGUCCCCCUGACAUAUCAAACCUCUUCAUACAUCUGCGCCUGUCCACAGAGAUUGAUACGCGCUUUACUGUUGUCUGUCGUGACAUGCAGAUCGAAGACAAAGGAGAGAAUGUUUGCAUUUCCCUCCCCAGCGAGCUUACACCUGUUAUAAUGGACAUCUCUGGGUUUGUCCGCGAGUUCGUCUUCAGAAGGCCCACCAUUGAGUGGAAACCAGCUUCGGAAAUUAGGUUUUGCAAUAUGGUAUGGCAGGAGCUGCAAGCGGAGAAAUACCAUCAACGUGUUUCACAGCACCGACAGGAGGUUGGUGGUGGCACAGAUCUAGACACCAUUGUACCACAGCGAUGCUCGAUGUGCUCCAUAUGCACCUCUAGUCUUACCCACUGCAAUAGCUGCCAGGUUGCAUCGUGCAGAUCGCUUCGUUGCCGUGGAUCUUCUGAACCCCCACUUGCACGUUGCAUUAGCCAUCCGAACGAGACACUAUGUUUUCCAUGCCUUGAAGAGCAGGGGUCCCGGAGGAAGCUAGAGAAGUGUCCUGUGUGCGAAUUUUGGUGCCGUGCCACGGAUAUGACCUCGUGUUGUGGUCAUCCCAUCAUCCCUCCAAUUUCUCGCGCAUCCUCCACUGAAGAGUAUAUGCAUGUGAUGACUCUCUGCUACCAAUCAGAUCGUGUCCACCCACCCAAGAUUGGUUCCUGCAACGAUUGCAUGCUGCCAGGGUGGCAGAGUUGCAGAAGCAACGGAUGUUGGUCAGCGUACAGUGUGCUCUGUCCAGAAUGCACGAGUAAUGGUGUAACGUGUAUGUGCCAGAGCACGUGGGCAUGCGAUAUUUGCGCGGAACACGACCCAAACAUAUUUAUCCACUGCCCGCGCUGCGACAGGCCAUUUUGCACCUUUUGCACCUAUAUCGACACAUGCGGGCGGUGCGAGCGUGCCUCCCUCUGCAAUGACUGCAUUGAGGAAGCGUCGGAUGCGGAUGACUCCGCUGAAGAUGCGCCUGAUGCAGAUGACUCCGCUGAAGAUGCACCUGAUGCAGAUGACUGCGCUGAAGAUGCGCCUGAUGCAGAUGACCGGGUGGUGGAAAGGGUUACUGGGCUCACCGCCUUCGCAUGCUGCGGGAAGAGGCUGUGUGAUCACUGCGUGCGAUGGCACAUGCUGAUAUGGUGUCAGGGUUGAGCCAAUGCAGGAGAUGGAUGGACUUCAAUGCACAAGACGUACAAACUCAGAUGCAUCACUCUCACUAUUUGCGACGCUCAAUGAUUUUUUUCUUCUCGUCACAAUGAGACAUAUUCAAGAUAGGGUCACUGACCAAUAAAUAAAGAGGAGGGUGAGAGGAUCCUGGACAUUGCAUGAUCUCCCUUCCUCAAAACCAAUACCAUGACAUAGCUGACGGCGAGAAAGUAGUUGUAUGUGCCAACAAGUCCAGAGAUUCGAGCGGGUAUGUAGGUAGUUCAUGCUAUGCGACGAAGCUGCAAGGUUU